AAAGAAGAGCCCGGCUUUCAAGAAUUCGAUCUAAAUACGAUGACGUCGGAAUCAUGGUGAUUUUUGGCGGGACUGGAUUUCUUGGUGGGGUCAUAGUCUGCACUGUCAUUGUGCUUUUUAAUUCACUUCGAACGGUUUCAUUGGUUGAUAAAGAGCACAGCCAACCCGACACCGACACGUGGUCUGUCUAUCAUGGAGAAAGGCUGAACUCAACAGGUCCUGCGACCGCAUCUGUUGAUCUAAAUAAAGGCAACUUCAACAGCACUGAUGCUCACGUGGUCCUUUAUCAUCCCUUACGGAGACUGUACAAUACCUCUUGUAGUUACACAGCGGUAUUACAGGUCAAUUUUAAGGGAACGAACUACACCAAAGUUCGUUUCGUCAUGUAUUUUAACAAGCAAGCGCGAGGUCAUGUGUUUACAGUAUCCGAAGACCACGGGAGCAACGGCUUUGGUGGUGUUGGCUCAGAUGUCCAAGUUGUGGAUUCCGGCCUGUACGUCUACAUGAGCUUCAGUCCGGAGCAAGGGCGUGGUCUGUACGCCGCGCCGGGAAACAGCCUGCUUCACCAGGCCAUCAAGGGGUUUAUACAGCCCAACGGGGUGGUGUCCCUGACUGUAGAACGGUCAAAGGUGACGUGGGAUAAUCACGCAGGUACCAAGGUAAGCAUCAGACCAUCCUCGGUUAAUUUGGGAACCACCGUGAUUCCUCGUGACUACCUUUUUGAUGGAAUGGCCAAUGAGGGUGACCGUAGUAUUUUCCUCGGAAUGAACAGGGUCGUCUGCUGCACCCACAGAGUUGGAAGAGGGCUGUGUAGAGUGGACGUCACCUUGCUGGAACGCUGA